AUGCAUUUUAAAACAAUUGCUUUUCCACUUGGCUUGUUUGCCCUGCACGCUAGCGCUAGACCCCAAUGCAAAGUCGAACUAGGGGGCAAAAGUCUAAUUUAUUAUAACCAUUGGGAUUUACUGUUUCCGGAGAGAUACGUUACUCCUGGCGAAUCGGGUGAGAUUAAAACCGCAUAUUACACGCUUGCAUUUCACACAAGCGAGGAUUGCAAUAAAGUUACAUAUGAAUUCGUCAAAGGGGGAAUUGCCGACAUAGAGUGGAAACUUACAUCUACUUUGGUAGAGGCGUAA